CUUGCGUCCAGCCAUUUGAAGAUUGUAGCCUCUGACAGGUCAACAGAGGACAGCGACUUGACAGUUUCCCGCACGGACGCGCAGAAAUCAAGACAAAAUGGCAGACAACAAAGAAACUGAGCCCCAGCCAAAUGCACAGCAAGCUCAAGAUUCACAGCCAGCUCAAGAUCCACAGAGCCUGGUGUCUCGUGUGGGUAACCUGCCUCUGUUAAGCUCGACCUAUCAGAUGCUGUCGAGUGCCUACAGCACCACUAAAGAGAAUGUGCCCCUGCUGAAGGGGGUGAUGGAUGUGGCCGAAAGUGGGGUGUGCACCCUAGCAGCGGCCGCUUCCACUGGCUCCAAGCCCAUACUGGACCGCCUGGAGCCUCAGAUUACUGCUGUGAAUGAAUAUGCCAUGUUGGGUCUGGAUAAGGUGGAGCAGAAGCUGCCCAUAUUACAGCAGCCUGCAGAUAAGGUUGUGUCAGACAUGUACAGUUCUGUCACUGGAGCCAAAGAUGCCAUGAUUGGGGCAGUCAUGGGGGGAGUGGAGAUGACCCGUGCAGCUGUGAAUGAGCGCAUAAACACAGUGAGCCAGAUGGUCAGCAGUGGGGUCAACAUGGCCCUGAGUCAUUCCGAGAGCUGGGUGGACCACUACCUGCCAAUGAGCGAGAAAGAACUGGCUGCACUGUCUGAACCCGUCCCAAGUGAAGAAGCAGCAGCCAUGGUGAGCUCCAGUCCAGCAGGUUCUGGUUCCAGUUCCGACUCCAGUCCCAGCUAUUUCGUCCGCCUGGGCAAACUCUCUGCCAAGGUGCGUGAGCGUGCGUUGGAGCAGUCGCUGGGGCGUGCCCGAAACGCCCGCGAUGCCACCCACGCGGCCGUGACGCAGAUCAGCAGCACGCUGGACCUCUUGGAGAAUGCCCGCACCACUCUGGUCACCGCCAACCAACAGCUAGGGGGCGCUCCUGAACAGUUGAUGCAGCGCUGGAAAGAGUGGCAGCAAAGGCAACAGCAGCAGGGUCAGCUACAGGGAGGAGAGGGUGAAGGGACGCAGGGGGAGCAGAGCAUGGAAGUGGAUGGGACCAGCAACCAGGGAAUGCAGUUAGAGAGCUGGACCCUAUCCAUGGCGCGUGACCUGACGGGGCAGCUGCGAACGGCCUGCUCCACGGUGGUGUCCAGUGCACAGGGUCUCCCCAGCACCGUGCAGGAGCAGUUGCUCAACGCUCGCCACACCGCAGAGGAGCUCCAGCGCUCCCUGGGCAACGCCAGCACCCUCACGCCACAACUCCUACAGCAGACACGCAACCAGAUAACACAGGUGCGACAGUCUUUGGAUGGAGUGGUGGAGUAUCUGCUCCACAACACCCCUCUGAACUGGCUGGUGGGGCCCUUCGCACCCCAGAACACUGAGAAACCAGGGAAGGCAGAGGCCACAGCUCAGCCAGCUCCCCCAAGUCAGGCCUGAAGACUGAGCCUCAGAGAUGGCAAACAACUAAACUAUACUCUCCAAGUGCCUAUACUCCAAGUGCCUACAUACUCUCCAAGUGCCAAGAGUAACAGCAUUGAUAACUGUGCUGUUGGAUCACUAUUAAAUAGUGUGUUUACAUUAAGUAGGUUAAUUCAAGAAGUGUCUGUGCCUGUAUUAAUAAAGAAUACAUUCAUAAAGUAUUCUAAGAAAAAAUAAUUAAUUCUAAUAUAAUGUUGGGCUGACAGUAUGUCACUAAAAUUGAAUUUAAAUAUUGUCUGGUGUGAUCCAUUAGACAAUGUAAGCAUCCUGUUAAAAAUACUUUCAAGAUAGGCCUACUGUAUCACAGUUUACAAAUUUUCCCCAAAGCAUUUUGCUUUACUUGACAAAGUCAAGGAGUGAUUACAUUUUGAUUGCAUACUGGUAUUUAAAAAUAAUAAGAGGUUGUUGUACAUGUAUUAAUAAAGAAUUAUUCUAUAA